AUGGAGGGACUCUUCACUUUGCUCGCAUUGAGCAUUGUGAUGGCCAUUACAUCAUUUGUCGUGGGAUCACUACCGCUCGCUUUCACACUUUCCCCUUCUCAGCUGAGAUUAAUAUCCUCCCUUGGUAUGGGAGUUUUGGUUGGGACAUCUUUGAUCGUUAUAAUUCCGGAGGGAGUCGAAACUCUAUACAGCGCAAACUCGCUUAGCAACCGGAAAGAACUUAGCAGCCGAUCGACGACUGCCGUCAAUUGGCAACACCAGGCUGUACCGGUGACCACUGUCCCGAGGGCAUUGGAAGAACCAGACUCCUCAGACGUCCAGCUCACGCCUCGAUCGGUACUAUCCGAUCUGCCAUCCGCACCUGUCACGGUACCUACAAUCCAUUCCACACAAGAUGAAAAGCUCAGACUACUGGGACGCAAGGACGAUACAUCGGGCGAUCACGCAGACGAGGAUCACGAUGAAGAUAACUCGCCCCAUGCUUGGAUAGGUAUUGCACUCAUCAGUGGCUUUAUCCUGAUGUACCUGAUCGAUAAAUUGCCCGUUUUCGCAUCAUCCUCCAAACAGGAGCGAAUUCCCUAUCAUAUAUCGCUAGAUAACUUGGGCUCUGGUCUGCGGCGCAAUUCGUCGCCGUCACGCGAGGGGGGCUUGCUCGAUGCCGGUAAUAUUCCCAGGAGAAGCCACAGCUUUGCAACGACAACUGGACUUGUCAUUCAUGCCGCCGCCGAUGGAAUUGCAUUGGGUGCAUCUAGCUCCGACACUGGUCUGAGCUUCAUCAUCUUCCUGGCCAUCAUGGUUCACAAGGCCCCAGCAUCAUUUGGCCUCACCUCGGUGCUACUGAAGCAGGGCCUUUCUAGUCGUACCGCUAGAGCGCAUCUAUUGAUUUUCAGUCUGGCUGCUCCUGUGGGUGCUCUCAUGACAUUCUUGUUUGUGCAAAUCAUGGGCUCGGGGUCGGGAGGUGAUGACGUCGGGAACCGCUGGCGAACCGGUGUACUCCUCUUGUUCUCUGCUGGCACAUUCCUAUACGUUGCUAUGCACACGAUGCAGGAAAACAGCCCGAACUCAUCUUCACGUGAGUCUCAGGUCAACGGAUACGGCGAUCAUAGAGAAGCACCAUCAGCAUCGGACAAGUCUAUGAGGGACCUGAUCGCUUCUGUUGUUGGCAUGGUUCUUCCACUGUUCCUACAGAUCGGCCAUGCCCACUAG